AUGAAGACAAGCACACCUUCCACAGUAUGUGUUUUAUUGUAUGUUUUCCUCGGCUCAUUGUCUGCUGUCACAAUAUGUGGAAACCUUCUUGUAAUAAUCUCCAUCAUUUACUUCAAACAGCUCCACACUCCUACAAACUCUCUCAUCCUUUCCUUGGCAGUAGCUGACCUGCUUGUUGGGCUUGUAGUUUUUCCUUUCAACAUGGAAUUGUCUGCAACUUCAUGUCUGUUCUUUGAAGAUGUGUUGUGCAAAGUACGAGACAGCAUUGAUGGAACACUGAGUACAGCUUCCAUUUUACAUUUGUGUUGUAUUUCUAUUGACAGAUAUUAUGCAGUGUGUCACCCUCUGACAUAUAGAACGAAGAUAAAUUUUCAUGUUGUUGUCAUCAUGAUCGUGGUGAGCUGGAGUUUUUCACUUCUAGUUGUCUUUGGCUUUUUAAUUGCAGGAAUAAAUCUUGAAAAAUGCAAACAAAAUUGUUUUAUUGAUGCUCUGCUUGCAAACAUUUUAGGACCCAUUUUCUCAUUUUACCUCCCAGUGAUUUUAAUGCUCUGUAUCUACCUGAAGAUUUUCCUUGUUGCACAGAGACAGGUACGCAGCAUCCAGGGAACAAAGUCUGGAGCCACUGCCAGUAAGACGGAGAGAAAAUCCACUAAAACUCUGGCAACUGUUAUGGGAGUGUUUCUGAUGUGCUGGUCUCCUUUAUUUCUCUAUUUCUUCUUUCUGGUAUUGAAUCAUACGUCAGUGUCAUUUGCUGUGAUUGAAAGUCUUAACUGGCUUGCACUCUCAAACUCAAUGCUCAACCCAUUUAUUUAUGCUUUCUUUUACAGCUGGUUCAGAUCAGCUUUCAGAUUGAUCAUAUCUGGAAAAAUAUUUCAAGGUGAUUUUUCCAACUCAAAACUGCAUUGA